UUGCAUUUCCCCGCAGGACCGGCUCUCGUCUUUGCAGCGCAUUGUCUGGGCAUGAGACUCGCACCCAGGGGAGCGCAGGCUGGCUGGGGCUCGCGGGCUGUGCAUCUGAUCCAGCCUCCCCGCCCUCCCCUUUCCCCCGGCUCCUCGGAGCGCAAAUUAAUUACUUGAUUAAAAAAAAAAAAAGUUUGCAGCCCCCUCCUCCGGCGAUGUAGCAAUGGGAAAUUCCUUCACGGCACAGAGCGCGCCAAUGCCUUGUGCAAGGGCAGCCCGGAGGCGCGUGGCAGGGAAGGGAAGACCAGGGAGGGGAUUUUUAAUUCCUUUUGGAGAAAUCAGACCGUGUGUGUGAAGGGGCAGCCUAGCUCCCUUUGGUCCAUUGCAUCUCCUGGAUUGCUCGCCACCUACUUGAGUCAAGCAGAUCGCGACUGCAGUUGCCUUCAGCCUCCCCCAGCUCCCCCCCCCCCACCUUGCCUUGCUCACCUGGGAAGGUGAAGAAUGCAUCUCCAAGAUUGGGACCGACCCUUGCUGCAAUGAGACCUGAGCUGAGUCUUGAAGACCGUGACACUGGGAUCGGCAGAUGGUGUGUGCUUGAGCCACAAGAACAGCUCUCAGUUGCUAUAGAUUGGCUAAAUAUCUAUUAGGAGAAGAUGGCCAUCUCCUUGAAGAUCUGCUUCUUCACUCUGGUGCUGCUUCCUCUGGUCGCAGCGACACACUCAGACUGCAUCAUCAGAAAGGAGCAGGAGGCCUGUCUGGAGAAAAUCAAGAGAGCAAGUGCCCUCAAUCCACUGAAUGAGUCCUCCCCAGGUUGCCCUGGGAUGUGGGAUAAUAUUACAUGCUGGAAGUCGGCGAGUGUGGGCGAAAUUGUCUCUGUCAAGUGUCCUGCUCUGUUCAGAAUUAUUAACUCUGAAGACGGUUGGGAAGUGGAUAACAUGGGGCAAACUCAUCCAGGUGAUUUUGACCUAUUGGAUAGCACAGGCCAAACUCCCUUAGAUGUAGGGGACAUCAGCAGAAACUGCACAGAGGAUGGCUGGUCUGAACCUUUCCCUCAUUAUUAUGAUGCCUGCGGGUUUGAUGAAAAUGAAACAGAGUCUGAAAAUCAGGAUUACUACUACCUCUCUGUGAAGGCUCUGUACACAGUGGGAUACAGCACUUCCCUUGUAUCCCUCACCACAGCAAUGGUUAUCCUGUGUCGUUUCAGGAAGCUUCACUGCACUCGGAACUUUAUUCACAUGAACCUCUUUGUUUCAUUUAUUCUACGAGCAAUAUCAGUCUUCAUCAAAGACGGGAUUUUGUAUGCAGAACAGGACAGCAACCAUUGUUUUAUAUCUACUGUGGAAUGCAAAGCAGUGAUGGUCUUUUUCCACUAUUGUGUCAUGUCCAACUAUUUCUGGCUGUUCAUUGAGGGAUUGUACCUUUUCACCUUACUCGUGGAGACCUUUUUCCCAGAGAGGAGAUAUUUUUAUUGGUACACCAUCAUCGGCUGGGGCACCCCAACAAUUUGUGUCACUGUCUGGGCUGUACUGAGACUUCACUUUGAUGAUACCGGCUGCUGGGACAUGAAUGAUAACACUGCCCUGUGGUGGGUGAUCAAGGGUCCCGUGGUUGGAUCAAUAAUGAUAAACUUUGUUCUUUUCAUUGGCAUAAUCGUUAUCCUUGUGCAGAAACUCCAGUCGCCUGAUAUUGGGGGCAACGAAUCCAGCAUUUACUUCAUCUUGCUGGAAAGAAAGGAGAAACAUGGCAUAUACCAUAGCAGCUGCGUUCAGAAAUGCUACUGUAAGCCCAAGAGGGCUAACCAGCACUCUUGCAAGAUGUCAGAACUAUCCACCAUUACCCUGAGGCUGGCCCGCUCCACUCUGCUGCUUAUCCCCUUGUUUGGAAUUCACUACACUGUGUUUGCCUUUUCUCCUGAAAAUGUCAGUAAACGGGAGAGACUAGUGUUUGAACUGGGACUGGGAUCUUUCCAGGGCUUUGUCGUUGCUGUUCUCUAUUGUUUCUUGAAUGGGGAGUUUCUCCCUAAAGGUGCAAUCAGAAAUAAAGAGAAAAUGGAGGAGCUGGAAAGUCAACCGGUAUUUUGCUGUGGAUUUCAAACAUCGCCAUCCGUCUCUGGCGAGCAGCGGAGUGAACGGGGGGACACAACUCUCCAUUCUGAGCAAGAGCAGCUCUCAGAUUCGGAUGUCCAGCAUAAAUGCGGAGAAUCUAGUGACAUGAGCAACUAAAUAACCCCUCCCCCAGUAAAACCCAAAACACCCCUUUAAAAAGAAAAAAAAUCAUAAUUUUGCUGGUCUGGGUUUUCUUUUUUAAUGAUUAUUAUUAUGAUUUUUUUAAUGUAAGAUUUGUCCGAAAGCAUGAAACAAAACAUCCCUGGCGUUUUGCAGAGAAGAAAAAAAGGAUAUUUUUUUAACAAUCAUUGUAAAUACACCACUAAGAUCCAUGCCAUUGAUAAAAAAAAUCAAUAACAUGCCAAGCCCACCCCCACACACCCAUUUAGAGCAUCUGCAAGUAAUCCAUUGUCAGCCAAGUGUAUCAAGUGAUUGCUGUGCAGUUGUGAACAUUGGUUGCCAAACUGAUAUAAAUCUGUCUGUGCAUGGACUUCAUUGUUGUUAUUUUUGGGGUCUGGGUUUGUUUGUUUUUCUAAUCCAAUGCAUCUUCACUAUGCCUCAUUCCUAUCUUUGGUGUCUGAAUAUUCUCAGUCUCUUUGGAGUCUUAGGAUGUGACUAUAACGUUGGGGUUAAUAAUGCCGGCCAGUUCAUGAAGGACUCCGGAAAUUGAUUUCAUGGCUGGAUUUGGUCAGAAGAACUCAGCGGACUUAGAACAUCUGCUGUGACUGUGUGAGACAGCAUACCUGUCACCAUUCCGGAGAGAGGAAUCCAUGCAGCAGAGAUGGGGUCUGCUAUUUUAGGUUCUAGCAAAGCUGUGAAUUUUCUAAGAGGGCCAUCCAUUUGAGAGAGAUCUAUAUUUUUGGGGUUGAUAGGUUGGAGUUUUGAGUAAUGUGAACAAAGAUCCCCCCACUAAGAGGCAAAGGUCAGUACCAGGAUUCUUGCUUCCUCUGAAUUAUAAUGAAACUCCUGCAUUGAUGUCUGAUCAUUGCACUGCGACUGGUAGUGGCAUGACGUGUGUGUGUGUGGCCUCUGCGACCAGGCUGGCAUUGACAGCAUUAUGCCUCAGGUUUGCCAGCACAAGAGACUCAACAGGGGCCCAACGUGGUGGUGCAGGAAGAUUAAUGUCCUCAGUGUCUGUGGAGCACCUAAGCUGAACAGUAAGACACUACGGAAGGGAAUGAUAAAGACUUUGGAUGAUUUACCGUGUCUGGCAGUUUCUUCUGUCAUUGGAUAGUUUGUUUGUUCACCAACAGAUAUCAUUAAUGCCAAUGUCUGAGAGACAAAAGAAAAAGUCCUUUCCAACUUUGCCUUGUAGUUAGAGCCAUGACUGGUUACAUAUCUACUUCAGUCAAACAUCAAUGAUGUCAAUUAUUUCUUGAGAGGUUUUAUGUGGUGCAUAAAGGCUUUAAGGACUGUAUUUGCUCUUAUUUCUUUGUGGAUUUAUAUGUGUGUGUGUGUAUUAAACAACAAAAUGACAUUUAAAUAUGAUAGUUUGGAUUCAAAUUAACAGCAACCAGGGAAUUCAAAAUUAUGCCUAGCUCUUUGUUCUUAAUUGAAAUGAAAAAGACAGUGGUGGGAAGGGGGGAAGAUAUAGACACAAAAUUUUGCUGUCGGCAGAGAUUUUGAUUUCACUGUGUUUUGUUAGUUUAGGUCAAAACUUGUAAUGUCAUGUUAAGUAUAGUUUUUUUUUUAAAAAAAUAGUUUCCUUGUUUUUAAAAGGAAAAAAUCAUGAAAAGUUAUGAAAGAAGUAUUAGUGAUAAUACUUAACACUUAGUGCUUUAUGGGACGUAUUCUGCUCUCAGUUACAGAAGUGUAAAUCUAAAUAAUCCCAGUAGAGUUAGGAGUCAAUCUGAAAUCCACUGAAAUGGAUGGAUCACUUGACGAUUACCUGUUGUGUUCAUUCCCUCUGAAGCACCUGGCAUUGGCCACUGUCGGAAGACAGGAUACUGGGCUAGAUGGACCAUUGGUCUGACACAGUAUGGCCAUUUUUAUGUUCUUAUGAAAUAAAUGGGAGUGCUGCCUUGACUACAGUGGGUGCAGCAGCAGACAUUUAUUCCAGAUUUACACCACUAUAAGGGUGAAAUUCACUCCUGUACAGAAGACCAGUAAAAGGACUAUGUACCACCUGAAUGUACUUUGAGGUCUUAAGUGGGACUUAUGUGAUGUACAGGCUUUUUGCCAGUCCUCUGCAUAGGAUUGACCCUAACCGAGAGUAGAAUUUGGCCCCCUAUGUUCCAGACGUUGUGCAAAAAUUACGUAAGUACUUUUUAACUGAUAGAUUGGAAACUUUUCUCUCAUCAGAUUAUGUAAAUAGCAAUUUUAGCAAGUUUCCCAAUGAAUCAUGUUCUUUAUGGACCAGAAAGACACUGAAGAGGGAGAGGGGUAAAGUCAGAUCUAUCUGGUAAAUAUAUACUUAUAAUUUUUUAAACAAAACUAUCUAAUAUUAAAUGAACAGAUGAAAUUUAGUUUUGUAUUUUCUGUAGUAUGGACUUUCACGAGGUUAAUACUGACAAUACUGUAAGUGUAUUAUAAAAAGAAAUAAUGGACAAAGCAUAUUUUGCAUGAAUGGUUACUAGCCAAUUUUCAGUCAUUGAUCACUAUAUUUAAAACUUGCCUCUGGUUGGAGACCUUUUUUGUGCCACAUUUCAAUCCAGAGCAAGAGGUUUUUUUUUCUGGCAGUUCUAAAAUCCUCUCCUAUUUGAGUUGGUGGGUCUCAGUCCAGUGCCUCGUGGGCGAGUGUCCACAUCACAAAACCACCCUUGCAAUUGGCACACAUUGGAGGCUAGAUCCUCAGAUGAUGUAAAUCAGUGCAACACCAUUGGUGUCCAUGCAACUACAUCGGUUUACCUCAGCCGAGGAUCUGGCAUGGAUACCUUAUUUUUUUUUUUUACAGUCUCAGCAAGAGAGGCCAAGGACUGAAUGGUCCUAGAGACUGAAUUCACCUCUUGAUUCUUAGAGCCCAAACUCAGGAUUGAGGCAGGUUGAUGGGACGUUGUGUUGGAAGCUUCCACACUGUAUGCUGUACUUGUUCAGUAGACCAGUGGUUCUCAAUCUGUGGGCUGCUUGCGGCCCAAUCAGCACACAGCUCAUCUUCAGGGCCAUACAGGUAGUAUAUAUAUUGUGUGGAUGCGGCCCACAUAACACACAGCGAGCUUCAUAUGCGGCCCACAAUGGUAAAUAGGUUAAGAACCACUGCAGGAGACCGAUAGAGGACUUCAGUGUUUGAGAUUUUCCAUCCAGUAUCGUUCACCAGCAAUGAAUUUACUAGAAGUUGUAUCUCUCUAUAUACUUAAUAUAUCCGAUAUUCUAUAAAAUACAGGCAAAUCCCUUCCAGUGGGAUUUUUUACUGGAAGUGCUGACGACUCUUACAAUCAUGGCAUUCAUGUGGCCACUCUAAUGUUCAGUGUUACUCGAAAGAUCAUACUUCAGGUGUAUAUAGAGAAACCAGUCGUUACCUAAACAAAGAUUCUAAUGCCAUUGCACAAAGUAUGCUCUUGGGUAUCUUUAUGUUGAAUGUAAAUUGAAGAUGCUAAAUGUGCAUGUCACCACUUCUGGUGACCAUCCUUACUAAGCGUCAAGAUAGAAGGAACCAAAAGGAAGAAUUGCUUCAAAGCGUGUGUAAAUAUCUAUUCGCGUGUAACAAUGUUUGUUUUAUUUCUACUGUGAAAUAUAUUUUGGAGUUAGAAAGUACAUGUUAUUAAAACAAAAUGUAAUUUAAAAAAUGUGUGCUAUGCUCCUUGAGCCAUUUUUAUAAUAUGCCAAUAAUACAUUUCCUGUCUACUUUUCUUAUUUGGCUUUUGUAAAUGUACAAAAUCUUCUGUACUGCAGCUUUUGUGGGUCUGUAGCGCAUAGAGCUACUGUUUCAUUGUCUGCCGUUGAAUAGGGAGAUCUGCUACGAGAUGUAUUUUAAAAUCCUGAAACAAAUAUUACGUCAGAGAGGUGUGAUUUUUCAGUGUCUUUGGGCACCUAUAUCUCCGUUGGACUUCAUUUAGAUUUGUGGGUGCUCAGCACUUCUGAAAAUCAGAGCCUGGGUGCCAAAAUCUAGGCACCUCAAUAAAAGAAGCCUGAUCAAAUAAAUUUGUUAGUCUCUAAGGUGCCACAAGUACUGAAUUUCAGAGGCACUAAGGGUGAAAAAUCCGGCCGCUUUGCCUAACUUAAGUACUCAUGUUUGAAAAAAUUGGGCUUAAGAUUUUAAUGGCACAAUCUCAGUGAUGUUCAGGAAAGACUCUCGCUUUUCCUUUUAGUCUGUAGCAGAUGAGUCCCCUUGGAUAUUGAGGUCUAAUGAAAGUUACCUAGUUACUGUAAUAGGUUCAGAGAAGAACAGCCCAAGUAGAUCAGUCCUGAAGUUGUUUUUGUGGUACAAUAUAUGAGAAACAGUGUCCUACAGUACUGGCGCAAAGAACUAAUGCAUGCGGCAUUGUUAAUACAGUGUUAUGGGCCACUGUUUUCUAAGGGACCAGUCGUCAAAGGUGCUGAGUGGUGUUCAGCAGUUUGCAGGAUCCAAAUAUUUAUUUUUUUCUACAAGGGCUUUACCAGAACACUAAAACCAGUGGACAACAAGACGUAGGCUAGGGUUUGCUUGGAAAAUCCAUGUCACGAUUCCCACUGCACGUGGACAUCAGUUAAUCAAAGCUAAAGUUCUCCUGGAUGUAAAACUCAGAAUUCAAACUCUCUUUCUGUGUAUUCCCAAAGGUGACAAGUUAUGCCUAUGUUGCUUACAUUGCUGGUCAUUACAUUAAGAGGGCUAGACAAAUUAUAUUUUUGUGGCAGUUAUCAGAGGUAGAGAGGUUCCUCAAGUGCCUUUUAGGACUAGACAGCAGUUGGGGGGGGAGGUGAAAUCAAUUUAAGAUUAUUUUUAAUUGCAGCAAGCAGCUUAUCUCUUCUAAUAUACAAAUUCAUGAUCAGUAUGACCACAUACUACAACACAGUAAAUAAUAAUGUGCUGGAAUUAUAAGAGCAAGCCUACCUGGACCAUGAGAGUAUCCUUCUGCUUAAAGUCUAUGGGAGUUUUGCCCUUGAAAUGGGAAUGGAAUUAGGCUCUUUAUGAUUGUGGAAUCAGAUCCAAAGCUCACUGAACUCAAUGGGAGUCUUGACACUAACUUCAGUGAGCUUUGAACAGGCCCAUAAUAUAGGCCCCAAUCUGGUCUCAGCAUCACUGGUGUAAAUCUGGCAUAACUCUGUUGACUUUACUUACGCUGAUGUGAGGUCAGAGCUGGCACACAGCUGCCUUGAAACCCUGUAACAAGAUGGUGGAAUCUCAUUAGUUCCACAGGUCUCAUGAAAUCUCCACCAUUUGAGUUGGCAGAAAUGUCAUGGGAUCAGCUGGUGAGAUUUCAGCAGUGUUGCAUCUGAAGUUGACUCUCAGUCAUGAUUUAGACUCCAAAGUGAACUGGCCUCUGACUAGUCUGAAUCUAGAUCUCAGCAUGAUCUCCUUGGCCCAUACAUACCAGGAAAUAGAUGCUGACAGAGUAGGGAGUCCAGCAAAGCCAUUCACAAUGAUUUAACGACAUUGUAACAGCAAAAAUAAUGAAGGGAACUAGAUAGAGUCACAUCUAGCCAGAGUCUAAUCUCAACACAGAUAACAGUUCCUUUUUUAACUCGCAUCACCACAAUGCACGCUCUACUGACUCUUGUUCCUCUAGGAAAGGUGUAAUAUUCAAAAUGUUCAUCUUCUGGGAAGCUUUGAACUGUCAUUUCUGCUGUGUGUCUCUUACACGUUCUACUUUUUUUUCUUCACUGCUUUAAAAAUUAUUUCUAAGAUGCAAGAGGCAAUAUCUCAAAGCUGAAAGGGUCAGCUUGGAACUGCAGUUCUGGUUAAUGCCUUUGCCAUGAAUUCGUAUUUUUGGCAGUCUUAAAAAUCUUGUCCACACAAAAAAUAAUGAAAUGUGGUCCAGUGGUUUUAGAAACCAUUUGAAAGGUUCAAUAUUCCCUGAUGGUAUUUCCAGGCUUUUCUUCUACCUAGUUGGAUACUCUCUAAUUUACAUUGCCAAAUAUAGAACUCUGGCCCAUCACACUGCUGCUGCGAUUUGUAGCUCGCCAUUCUUUUCAUCUUCUCUUUUGAGGAUGGGUCUUCCUACUGCCAAUACAUACGGUGACAUUAAACUUCACAUUCAGCAACGCCAGUCCUCCACUAAGUGACCAUCUUCUUGGUUUCUAAAUCCUGUAACUUUCCAGCUCUGAAGCCUAAAAGCUCUGUUUGUAGUAACAAAGGCAGUCAGUGGGCUCUGACUCAUUCUAUGGACGCUGUUACUGUAUAUUGGAGCCAGUCAACAUUUUCCAAAAUUCAAUUUGUCAAUGAAAAUUUGGAAUUUUGACCCCCCCGAAAAAUGUGAAUGCUUUGAUAUAUCACUCAUUCAAACAUCUGAGCUAAUAGCCAUUACUCCCUGUACUCUAAAACACCACUUCCUAGUCAAUAUCGCUUUUCUAGCCAAAGGAAGAUUUGCUCUGCUCACAGAAGAUUUCCAGGUUCAAAGAAGUGUUUGAUACAAUUCAGAGCUUUCUGGAUGCUGCAUCAAAAUUAGCCAAACAUUCUGAAGCCAUGCAGCUCAUUUAUUAUAUACAUCAUGCUCUUUUUCUGUAGCUCAUGCUAUCAUUCCCAUAUAUUAUUAGCAGUAGUAAUUGUCUUACAGUAGGGGUGAGGGGCCACAACUGACAUCACGGCUCCAUUGGGCAGUUUUAGGUAGAUUGGAUUCUCUCAAGAAGAAAAAAUGAGAACUUACAAUUUCUAGACUUCUCCAGUUGCUCAGUCAGAAAGGACAGCAUUUGUCCUUUGUUAGAUAAGUCUCUCAAGUCAACAAUUAUACUCUGGCUAUUUCCUCUUCCUUCCUUUGAAUCACUUUAUUAAGAGAGGUUUGUUACUGUAUGAAGACAGCAUUUGAAAUGAGAAUGUUCCCAAGGUGAUUCAUCCAAAGGAGCAAUAAGAAUUAUGUCCUGAAUUAUGGGGUUUCAGAUACGGGGGCUUUGCAGUUGCAGAGGUGCUGCCCUUCAGCAACUGCAAGUGUUCAUAUUUAAAUCGUUUCUGGAAAACAUCUGACCCUCCCUGACUCUUUGCUCGUUUUUAGAACCAAAUCCAAUUGCACUUUCUUCAAGACUCAGCUUUGAAACAUUUAAUUAGUUGGGUUUUUCCUCGCCCGUCAUCCUUUCAAUUUUGCCGGCACUGCACUUCCUGCUCCCAACCAAAAUCAAACUAUGCCAAAGCACCACAGGAAAGGCUGUUCUCAUGGUAUUUCUAGCCAUGCCUGGGAGUAUCGGAAAUGCGCUGAGAUACUGUUUUCCUGGGAGAUUCACAGCUCUGUGCUUGCACACUGCAGAAGCUGGGCCAGUUCAGAGAAACUUCUGAACAUUUGCGUGUUUGCUGGGCUCUGACUGCCAACAUUUUUUCAAUGUACCCAUCCCUAGUUAGUGUGAGCAAAGUCCUGCUUGUCUUGCAUGGGUGCCAGGAGGGGGAGAGAAAAGUAGCACAAGAGCCUGUAACUCACCAAAGGUAUCUGUAAACCAGCCCAAGAGGAUUCCAACCAAUCACUCUCUUGAGGAGCUGCAGACCCACUGGUGAACCGUCCCAAGGGUGUCAUGUCUCCCCGUCCUCUUGACUGGAUGUUACUUUCAGCAGUAGACACUAUGGCUCACAGUGACUCUGCUAGUAGCCGUGAGAAAAGUAUGCUAUCAACCAUGAUUCCCCUGGGCACGCCCCCAAACGUGCCACCAGCUGGAUUCACCUGUGAUGUUUGCAGAGCCAUCUCUGAGUCAGCUACAGUUGAGAUCUCUGUUUGCAACCUCUUGGGUUAUGGCUCUGUGUUAACUGCCUCGUUACCAAACCAGGGACAUUAUGCCUGGGGGCACCUUUAGUGAGUUAGGGGAGGAUUUACGCUACAUCUUUAAAGAUGUCAGACAGGCACAACCAGCUACGGAUUGCAUCUACUAUCGCAGAGAGCGGUGGAGUAUGGAGCAUGCAGUAAUAUCUAAGGAUACUCUGAUGUUAAAUGCUAUGUGUUUUUGUGGUAGACAGCGACAUUCAGCUAAAUGUGUAUUGUACUUUAUCCAACCUCUACAGAGCUUGAACAAUAUGCCUUGUUUUGACCCUUGUGAUCCUUUCACCUGGAUAUUAUUAUUAUUCCAUAUUUGCUUUCUUUGUGGCGAAUUCAUCCGUGUGAAGAGUUAAUGAGUGGUAUGAACCUCGCAGUGUCUGUCAGUAGCUGAAGUAACCUAGGCCUCUGUAUACACCUGCUCCAAUGAACCUUAUCACUGUACAGGAGUCUCCAGAGGUCUCAGUGUACCUGCAUAAUCUAUAAAGACACCUGUUAGUGUCCUCAUUUUCUCUCCCAAUUUCUUGCCAUUAUAGUAGCAAUGCAACAUGCGAUAGCUCCCGAGGAGAGAUGUGCCAGGUUCAUGUAUGUAAAGCUGUAUUUUGGCUUUUGAAGGUGUCAAGGAAUGAAUUUACUGGCCCUCUGGGUCUAAUAGUGACCUUUCUUAUCGUCAUGGGUAACAGGAUCUGGGGUUAUUACAUUUUGUUAAGUGGAAACACACAGAUGUCAACUGCUGCUUACUAGACUAAUCUUUGUGUGUGUUCUGAGAAACAGUAAUAGAUUUUAACAUGUAUACUGCUGUAGAUGACACAAUAAAUGUAUUAUCAUUUUUGCA